AUGGCUUCCUGCCAGCCAUGCGGCCGCCUACCCUCAGCCCGGCCCUCCAGAUCGAAAAUCACGUGCCCCCCUUGUCCCCCGUGCGCCUGCACAAUCCCCGUCAUCUCCGACAACCUCCCCAAGUAUCAGGUACCCAACCCCUGCGACCCUAACCGUCCCAAUGAACCCGAUUGUUGCAAUGUAUGCGUACCGGUGAUGGUUCCCAAGGAACCAGAAACUCCGCAGAAGCCCAAGAAAAAAUGUAGGUACGUCCAACCUCCCAGACCGAAGUCUUACGCCCCCCAUAGGAAGUAUCUUCCUCCGGAGCUGAAGAUGGACGACGAUACCAUCUACAAGAAGUCUUAUAUUCCCGUGGAGACAGACAGAGCUGAUCCCGUCCGUCCCACGAACAACUUAUGCGUUGGCGAAGGAAAGAUGUCUGACAAUACAGUGAAUAGGAUGUCGUACCAACCCCACAAGGUCCAACCAGUGACCCCUGUGUACCCUUGUGAGCACAAACUUAUAGGUGAAGGUCCCAUGCAGGACCUAACCACUCAGAAGCACGACUACGUACCUAAACCCUACGUCAAGCCGGAACCUGUGAAACCGUUCACUAACCUCUUCACUUCCGAUUGUCCCCUGAGUGACAAGACAGUCAACAGAUUGUCCUACCAACCCGUGAAGGAGAUGCCCAAGGUGGAACCCUUCGUCCCCACGAAUGCCAUAGAGAAACCUUCGGGGAAAAUCAGCGAUAAGACCGUGCAGAAAAUGUCGUACCAACCGUGGGAACCACCCGAACCCAUGGAUAUGCCCUGGAAGAAAAGACCACAGUUCGUGCCUCCAAAGCUGAGGAUGGAGGAUAAUACGGUGCAGAAGAUGAGCUACGGCCCGCCGGGUGAAUACGUGGAGUGCGCUGACGACGAUCCGGAUUGCGUGGAUUGUCCGGAACCGCCCUGUGUACCGCCCUCGAAAAUAUCCUCGCCAUGUGAAGGUCCCAAAGUGUGUUGUAACGCAUGUUGUUGUCCUAGAGCGUCUUGCUGA